AUGUCAAUGGAUAUUGAGGCAAAGAUAUCAUGUAAACAACUGAAUAGUUGUAUGGUAUCAUUACCGUCUUCAUUUAUCUACCCUAUUCUCAAUACAAUCAAUCUGUUGGUACAACAAGUUAUUAUACAUAUAUCUGAUCCAAAGACCAGGAAACAUAUCGCUUCUGUUGGUUGGAAUGGAAAUGUUACUCAAGACGUGGAAACUAUUGAAAUUGACGUAGAUUAUGCAAGAAUUCUCAAAAUCACAGAAGGCUCAUUUGUGCAUAUAGAAAUAGAUAUGGGAGUCUUUAAACAAACUUUAAACGGUUCAUCAUCUGUUGCUGAGACCAUUGAGAUUGAACCGUUGACUACCUCGGAUUGGGAGCUCACUGAGAUACACGCCCAGGCAAUCGAAAUGAACUUCUUAUCUCAGGUAAGAUGUGUGAGGAGAGAACAGUUACUUCUAAUUCGUGCUAAUCCAACCGCUUCUGGGUAUUCACCGUCAGAAGCUGUCUUAUUUAAGGUUGUUAAAAUUAAAAUGAAAGGAAGAGAGGUGGAUUUUUCCAUCAUUGGGAAUGAUUCUGAGUUACAUAUUAUUCCAAAGCCUUACAUAGUGGAAAAGGCUUCAAAUACCAGUGAUUCACCCCCUGUUGGUAAAAGAAUGCCUGCCCCUGCAAGAGGAAAACCUGCUAAAUAUUCAUCUAUUAUAAGAAGAUCGAUUGUCUAUAAUGCUGGAUCGGGAAUCACCAUUUAUAGCAGAGGUAGUGCGUUGGUCCCUUUCAAGGAUGAGGAGUUUCUUCAAGUAUCUGUCAUUGAAGGACCAGGAACACCACAGAGGGCAACAAAAACUACAACUAAAGAGCUAGAGAUGGGAUUAACAAGUAACUCGUUUGGAAGACCUAUAAUUGCAAAAUGCAUAAGGUUGGAUAAUGAAGACGAAGAAGAAGAGGGAGAAUUGUGCUGCACUCAUAAUCUUUCAGUUUUGCUUUCACCCCUCCUAGCUGUCGCAUUAGGUUUAGAAAAUACAACUGGUGAAAUGGUGUUGUUGGAGCCUUAUAUUAAGAAGAUUACCAGAUUGGAUAUGGACAAGUGUACGUUUUUUGUGUCUAAGUUUUCAACUACUUCGGAUCACAUUCCAAGUACAAGUUCUAAUACUAAAGUAAUAAACAAGUCAAAGGUUAAUGAGUUGAAACGGGAAUUAGGGGAAACUCUAGAACAAGUUUUGUCCAUAACUUAUGGUCCCGGGGCUCCUUUAACCAAUGGGAUAAAAUUGCCUAUUAUUGAGAAUAUUUUACCCGAAGGUGGUGUGUUGUAUAUAGCUCAGCAUAAUACUAAAUCACGUCUCAACGAACAGCAUUAUAACGCGAGAAACUGGACUAUUACGGAGAACACAGUUCCCAAUACUUUAGGACAAUCAAAAUUUAGUGCUAAAUUUAAGUUGAAAGUCAUAGAUGAUACUCUUAUCCCAUCAAGUAGAAUACAGCAGAAGCAUGAAGAGGUAUCAUACAUAAUACAUGGCCAAGAUGAUAAACUCUCUCGUCUAAGAGAAGUAUUAUACAACUUUGUUCCAACCUUUUUAUGUGGGAAAUCAGGAAGUGGUAAAACUUUGGUAUGUCGAAUUCUUCAACAAGACUUUAUUGGGAACGGAUAUUUUGCGAAAUACAUUGAUUUUGAUCAUGUAACAGGCUAUUUAAACGAUGAACAAGCUAUCGAAGAUAGUGGUAGUCUUGAAGAGGAAGAUGCCACCAAUAGAGAGAAUAAAGAGAACAACCAGAAUAAGCUGAUUGUAAAGUUAUUUGACAAGAUACUCAAACAAGCAUCUUGGCAUUCUCCUUCACUAUUAAUUUUGGACAAUUUGGAUAAGAUUCUUCCUAAAGAGGUUGAGCAUGGUGAUAAUGGCGCAAGUUCACAACUCUCAGAAAUCCUAAUAAAUAAGUUUGAAAAAUAUAAAGGGGGUACAACUGUCAACAUUCUGAUAACUGCCAAGUCUAGGGAUUCGAUAAACUCUGUACUUUUUCAAAAUCAUUUAGUAGAUGAAGAAAUGAUCCUAGAAGCACCGAAUAAGUAUCAGGUAUCCGAAAUCUUGAAAGGAAUGAUGGUAAGGAGAUUUCCAAAUCACGUUGGCCCAAAGAUUCUAAAAAGGAUAAGUGAUAUUGCAAGUGAAUUAGAAGGAUACUUACCUCUUGAUUUGGAGAAUCUUCUAGAUCGUGCAUUCCAUAAUAUGAUUAGUAAGGAUCAAAUUGUUUUUGAGUAUGAGAAUUUCUUAUGUGCGAUAGAGGGAUACACACCGAAUUCACUACGUGGGGUGAAGCUUCAAAAAUCUGCAACUAAUUGGUCAGAUAUUGGAGGCUUGAAAGAAGUAAAAAGAAUAUUGCUAGAAACCCUAGAGUGGCCAACUAAAUAUGCCCCGAUUUUUGAGAAAUGUUCAUUAAGACUAAGAUCUGGUAUCUUGUUAUAUGGUUAUCCUGGAUGUGGUAAAACCAUGUUAGCAUCUGCGAUAGCAUCACAAUGCGGAUUGAACUUUAUAUCUGUGAAAGGUCCCGAAGUUUUAAAUAAAUAUAUUGGCGCCAGUGAGCAGUCUAUUCGUGAUUUAUUUGAAAGAGCUCAAAGUGCCAAACCAUGCAUUUUAUUUUUUGAUGAGUUUGAUUCAAUUGCUCCAAAGAGAGGUCAUGAUUCAACUGGUGUUACUGAUAGAAUUGUCAACCAAUUAUUAACACAAAUGGAUGGUGCUGAGGGUCUAGAAGGUGUCUAUGUACUUGCAGCAACAAGUAGACCUGACUUGAUUGACUCAGCACUACUAAGGCCGGGACGUUUGGACAAAAGUGUUAUUUGUGAUUUGCCCGAUUUUGAAAAUAGAUUAGAUAUUUUGAAUACGAUUGUUAAAACUAAUGGGUUUCAUUUACAACAAGGGGAGUCUGCUUUGGAUCAAAUUGCCAAACACACAGAUGGCUACACUGGUGCGGAUUUGCAGGCUGUAGUUUACAACGCAUAUUUGAAAAGUGUUCAUGAAGUUUUGGAGGCUAAGGACUCUGAUAUUGGAGAAAGCAAUUUAGCGGGUGAUGAUCUCUCAGAAGUUUUAAGCAAGACAUUUACCCCACGAAAUCAAAAGUUUAAAUAUAAUGGUGAAUUAGAAAAGAAAAUUAAAACGGUUAUCUGCAGAUCAAUGGCGACCGAUGAUGAUAUUGACAAUGAAUCAACUCAGGGUGCUAAUCGGAGUAUUGAGAAGAGAGAAAUUAUAUAUAUAAAAAUCGGGCACUUAAAGGAGUCACUCGAAGAGACGAAAAAGUCUAUUUCGACUAAUGAGCUCAAAAAGUUAAAUAGAAUUUACUCUCAAUUUGAAAGUAGUAAGCGGCCAAGUGAGAUGAAGAGUGGUGAAGGUAGUACAGAGGUUGGAGUCAGGACUUCACUUAUGUAG